GUGUGACAAUCUGUAGCUGUUGACGUCCUAGGUACGAUCUUCACCGUAGCCUCUGCCGUAUGUAGCCACCGUCCACUCCGAUCGCCAUAGUCGUCCCCUUCAAUCUCGCCUGGUUCGAAAGAAUACAACGAUUCCAUCUCCAGAAAAUCCUGAGACCAGAGCGACGAAUCAAUCUCUUCAUCGUAGGUGGAAGUACAAGCCUUGAAAAUCUCAAAGCCUAGUUGUGUUUCUUAAACCAAACGAAUAGCAAAGUAUUCUUCGUUCAGUUUUACAAGUUUGGAAAGGAAGAUUGGCUCCAGAUUUGUAGUUCUCACUCUCAGUCUUGCAAAUUCCACCCUAUUGAAGGAGGAGGUAUCCUCAUCAACAUUCAGUAGCUUUCCAGUUUCAGAAACCAGCAAACUAAAACUUUGACAGAUCCAGAGAUGCAGGGGAAUGCCAAAACAGCGUAUCCAGGCCACUAUAUGCUCUGAAAUCUGCCUAGUCUCCAAGGGAAGAGUUCCUCAAAGAGAGGGUCCAACAGUUCUUUCAAUCCCUUUAAAGUAUCUUGAAUUUCUUCAUCAUCCUCUCCAGUCAGUAAAACAUGUAAAUCCCCCAGGUAUCUCACUUUGAGUGAAAGACAACCAUGUUGCAAGAAGUUUUGUUGAAUAAUGUUUAUGCUCUCUAAGCGUCUCAAUUUUCCUACCUUGCUUUUUGCAAGCCAACUCUGGGUGAUGCCUUCUAGCUUGAACCCUUUGCUCUGCCAUACAUGACCUUGCUGCAGUGGAGCAGGAGCUUCAGUCUCUGAACGAACACCCUUCAUCUCCUUUUGCCCGUCACUAUAAAUAGCCCCUUUCCUAGUCUCGAGCCCUUGUAUCAGGGCAUCUCGAUAAGAGCCCUCCUUAAAGCCUUGUGGAACUCUUGGACGUGAGAAAAGAGUCUGCCCUUGCCCCUGAGUCAUUUCUGAUUUCUGAAAGGAGAAAGGCUUCCAGUUCUCCUUGUGUUUUAAUACUCCCGGUUGUCUGUUGAAUCUUGGAAUAUUAACAUGCAGCUUCUUAUUGCCAAUGUAUAACGUGUCUAAUUCCCAAGCAAGCGAAGAUGGAUCCUCCACAUCAGAAAAUCUAACGAAGUCGAAUCUGUUGCCAAGCUUAUCCCUUUUGUUAGGAAUGAAAACCUCAGUUAUCCUACCCCAAGCUUGGAAAAACCUCCACAUUUCAACUUCCCCAUAAUUGUCUGGGAAAUUUGAGAAGUAAAAGGAAGAAAUUAUACCCUGUUUUUUGUGUCUCCGCCCUUCCACUCUCUUCCAGCCGUCCUCUCCCCUAGGUCGGUUAACGUUGUCCCCCCAGCCCCGUGUUCUCUCCCUUGCAUACCUCCUCUCUGCCACCCCUCCCCUCUCUCUCUACCUCUCUCUUUCUCUCUCAUGUUUGACUCAUUGGCAUAGAUGCUACUUAGGAAGGAGGUUCAUUGCUGAGAAAUAUAUCACAUGUACAUGGAGACCCGUACUUUUUCUCUUCAAUUCAUAUUUCUUUUAUUGGGGAUGAGUGUGAAAAUAAACAAUCUAGACAACUAAAUACAUUGUCCCACUCACUUACACAAACUUUUAUGGCAGCUUUUGCUCUCAAUUGUCUAUUAAUAGGGCUUGCAGACGUCAUUUUCCAAAACCCUUCUUCAUCCAAUCUCAGUUCCGCUGAGUCAUAUUCUUCUUCAUCUUCUCCAAAAUGAGGAAGAAAAAUCAGCCGAAGAUAGAAGAUCUGCUCAGCGCCUUACCGGACGAAAUCCUCCGCUACAUCCUCUCAUUUCUGCCAACCAAAUUCGCAUUCACCACCAGUGUCCUCUCCAAGCGAUGGAACUCAAUCUGCUACUCGCUCACCGCCCUCCAUUUCGACGACAAAGCCGAAGAAGACGAAGAGACCUACACCCGCUUCCGCCGCUUCGUCGACAAUGUUCUCCUCUCCCCGCGUUUCCAGCACCACCCUAUCGAGACGCUCUCCAUCGUGUCUCACUCCGAGCUCAGCCGCAACCGUUGCCGGUUCAACACAGACGAGUGGAUUGAAGCCGCGAAACGGCGUAGCGUCAAGAAUCUCCAGCUGUCCACAGUAUGUUCUCAAUUAUGCUUGUUGCCCGGUAUUUUCACUUCCUCCCAAACCCUUGUGGUUCUGAAGCUUACUGGGAUAGUCAUGGAUCAUGGUGUUGGUUCUGUUGAUCUUCCCUCACUCAGAACCCUUCAUUUGAAUCAUGUUUUGUUUGAUCAAAGGGACGAUGUGAUGAAAAUUCUUAAUGGGUGUCCCAUUGUUGAGGAUUUGACUGUAUUAACUCCCAGUUUUGAGUGUCCCAUUGUUACUGGAGGGUUUAAAACCUUGCCCAACUUGCCCAAGGUUGUGAAAGCGCAUAUCAACGCAUUUGAUGUUCCUUUCAAUGCAAUUCCUAAUGUAGAGUUUCUACAAAUUGAGGAUAUGGAGCGUAGGUGCCCUGACGUAUAUAUCGAAUCCUACUACAGAGAAAAGCCCGUGUUUCGAAACUUAAUCAACCUUAAGCUAUCCUUUGUUUGCUUCCCUGGCUGGGUUGGUGUAAUGGAAGUGCUCCCUUAUUGUCCCAAGCUUCAAACUCUUGACAUUGAAAAGCUUGUGUACUGGCAUAAUUACCAAGAGAAAUGGGCACAUACAAAAGAACUUGUUCCAGAAUGUGUUUCAUUACAUCUUACAACAUGCUCUAUUGGAAACUAUCAAAUUAAAGGCAUGUAUGAUGAUUUUGAUUUUACAGCAUAUAUCCUACAAAAUGCAAGGGUUUUACAAGUGCUGACCCUUCACAUUAACCGUCACUCGGAUGAAUCUGAGAAGGACCGAUUUUUCAAACGUUUAUCCAGGUGUUCGAGGAUCUCUCCAGCAUGUAAAAUUGAAUGCAUAUUCGUUCCUUAAUUGUCUGUUGCUUCUAAUAAUAUCUUCUACCUAUGAAUGCAACUGAUGGUUUGAUGGACAUGGUUAUUUGUCUCCUUUUACAAAUUAUGAAGGACUCCUAUUUGAAGUUUUCAGUCUUUUA